AUGUGGGAGUUCAGGUCCAUGUCUUUCUGGCGGGCGGUGUUUGCCGAGUUCUAUGGCACCAUGUUCUUUGUAUUUUUUGGGCUAGGGGCCGCCCUCCGCUGGACUACGGGGCCCCAUAAUGUCCUCCACAUUGCCUUUUGCUUUGGGCUGGCGGCUGCCACCCUUAUCCAGUCCAUCGGCCACAUCAGUGGAGGACACAUCAACCCGGCUGUUACCUUUGCCUACCUAAUCGGCUCCCAGAUGUCCCUGUUCCGCGCUUUCUUCUACAUCAUAGCUCAAUGUCUGGGAGCGCUGGCUGGUGCUGCUGUGCUGUAUGGGGUCACACCCAGCAACAUGAGGGGAAACCUGGCACUCAACACGUUGCAGCCAGGUAUCAGCCUGGGCAUGGCCACCACCAUGGAAAUCUUCCUCACCCUGCAGCUCGUCGUCUGCGUCUUUGCUGUGACUGAUGAGCGACGCAACGGACGCCUUGGCUCUGCUGCACUGGCUAUCGGCUUUUCUGUGCUCAUGGGGCAUCUUCUCGGGAUGUACUACACUGGAGCGGGGAUGAACCCAGCCAGGUCCUUCGCCCCUGCUGUCCUGGUCAGGAAUUUUGUCAACCACUGGGUGUACUGGGUGGGUCCCAUGAUCGGAGGUGCCAUGGGCGCUCUGCUGUAUGACUUCAUGUUGUUCCCACGCAUGCGCGGCCUCUCCGAGAGGCUCGCCACACUGAAGGGCACCCGGCCUCCAGAGGCUGAGGGCCAGCAGGAGACCAGGGGAGAGCCCAUUGAGCUGAAGACACAGGCCCUAUAAGCCGGGAGAAGAAGAUUGGCAUUUUGACCCCACAUCCUUCAUCCACCUACACCCCUCAGUCUACUCCCUCAGUUCCUGGUCCAUCCUCUGCACACAUACCUCCUCCUCCUCCUCCCUGCCUUCACACAUGCUAACUCAGAUCCCAAACAUCUUUGUAAUCCAAACUGGACCUACUGAAUAACAGUGACCAUCUCACCUGAUUUCACCUCCUCCUCCUCCUUCUCCUACUCCUCCUCCUCCUCCUCCUCCACCUCCUUCUCCUACUCCUCCUCCUUCUUCUCCCCCUUGGACUGUAGACCAAUAAUGGAGGUUAGAAGAAGAAUUGCCACUGAAGGAGGCACCCUGUGCCCUUUGGUGUGGGGUGUCAGUCACUCCUGGCUGACCAGGUGGCUCUAACUGCUCAGGACAGGGGCCUUUCUCUCUCUAUCUUUCCUUCCCAUUCUUUCUCCAGUUUUUUUUCCCCCUUUUGUAGUCUGAUAGGAGUGAAGCUACAGUAGAGCAGUGG